UGAUUGUAAAAUAAAUGUGACAACGGCGGUCUCACACACUGAUAGAAAUAUAAUAAAUUAAAUUUUUAGAAAAGUAUUUACAAUGGAUGAAGAAGGGGAAAGUAUUUUGCUCGAAGAUAAUUAUUAUCAAUUAUUAAAUGUGUCAAAAACGGCAUCAACAGAAGAAAUCAACAGUGCCUACCGCCGUUUCUCACGCAUGUUUCAUCCUGACAAACAUAGUACUGACAGCAAGAAACAAAAAUGGGCUGAACAGAUAUUUAACAAAGUAAAAGAAGCUUAUGAAGUACUGUCUGAUUCUCACAAGAGAGCUAUUUAUGAUACCCUAGGAAAACGUGGCUUAGAAGUGGAUGGUUGGGAGAUUAUAUUUAGAACUCGAACACCAAAGGAAAUUAGAGAUGAAUAUGAAAGGCUGAAGCGAGAGAGAGAGGAACGGCGGUUACAGCAAACUGCCAACCCACGUGGCACUAUCACUUUGUCUAUAAAUGCAACAGAUAUGUUCACAAAAUAUUAUGAUCAAUAUGAAAUUCUGGAUGAUACAGCAUUAAUUCCUAAUAUAGAAGUUUCCGGAAUGACGAUUCAGCAAUCCAUUGAUGCGCCAGUUACUCUAAGGAAUACCAUGACUUUAUCUGGAAAUAUUUCUACACAAAAUGGAAAUGGUACAGGAUCAGUGAAUGUAUCAAAUCGUCACUUGAGUUCUGAAAAGGGGUGGACUGAAGUAGAAUGUGGUAUUGGUAAUGGACCACUACUCGGGUUUAAGGUGUUUAGGACAUUAUCCCGAGUGAUGUUCCUAAACUGUGGCACUGUACUGCAAUUUACUCCAAGAGGGAUAGUUCCGAGUUUUGUGUCGACCAUGGCAUUGCAGUUAGAUGCACAUUCAGUUGGUUACCUCACAUAUCGUGCAGGCGGUCAAAGUGGUUCAUCAAUGACAUCCAUGUAUGUCCGAGACUCAGAGAAAUAUCACACAAACACUGCCCUACAGAUUGGGAAUCCACACUCGUUCAUUUCUUUCAAUGUUAUGAGAAAACUGCCACAGUAUGAUAUGAAAUUAAGAUUGGCUCUCAAAUUUGGUACAUUUGGAGCAAUAGCUGAAUACGGUGCUGAAAAGAAAGUAUCACAGAAUAGUAGUGUUUCUGCUGCGGUAAUGGUUGGAGUGCCCACUGGAGUUGUACUCAAACUUAAAUGGAGCUGUUCGUCACAAACAAUUGUAGUGCCAAUGCAUCUUUGCGAUGAAGUGAUGCCAUCACCUGUGUUUUAUGCCACUGUUGUCCCAUUGGUCUCAUGGCUGGUCUUAAAGAAAAUGGUCUUGGAUCCUAUCGCUAAAGAGCGUCAAGAAAGAGAAAGGCAAAGAUCUAUGGAAGCGAAUUUCGAAAGGUUACAAGAAAUGCAGCAACAAGCUCGUGCUACUGUAGAACUGAUGAGAGAAACCUAUUCGAGAAUCAGGAAUGAUGAGGAGAAAAAGAAAGGCUUGGUUAUAUUGCAAGCUUUGUAUGGAAAAUUACCUGCAGGUGCAGAUAGCCAUGAUGUGGCACCAGAUGAAGCAGGUGACGGUGUUCAACCAGAAUCACCACACGGAUAUUCCGAAGUGAUUGAAGUUACCAUACCUCUGCAGUGCCUUGUUAAGGAUUCCAGGCUCGAGUUACUAGAAGCUAGCAAGUCGGAGUUACCAGGAUUCUAUGAUCCAUGUGUUGGGGAUGAUAAGCAUCUUACGGUCAAAUACUCUUACCAUAAUAAUCUUUACAUUUGCACCAUUACUGAUCAACAAGCCGUCGUAUUGCCGCGCAAUAGUCAUCGAAUAAAAAAUAGAUCCUGAAAAUUAAAGUCGAGGUGCAAACGCUAGCACCCACAGCAAAUGAAUGCAGCUUCUUCAAAAUUAUUAUUAUUUAUUUUAACAUCUUGUUGCUGGAAUCCAGUAUUUGUUUUGUGAAGUGCGUGAAAAACUCGUUUUGCAAUAUUUAAUGAAAGAUAUAUUUAUUUUUGAAUUGAUAUGAUAAAUGUUAUAUUAUUGUCUACGAACAUAGCAUUAUAUAUAGUACAUUGUUAUUUUUGUACUAUAUUUUGUUGCCAUGGUAACCUAUAUGAUGUUUAAGAAGUGCCUUUACGUUCGCAUGUCAGCCAUGUUGAAAAAAAAACAAGAUAUAAGUGGACCAAUUUAAUAGGUCAUUUGACAUUUUAAUGAAGUUCCAAAAUGUAACCUUGAAACGACGGACUUAAAAUAUUUUUUUUUGAAGAUAACAGUACAAAACUGGUUAACUUAAAUAAUGCCAAUCGAACGUCGUUACAAUGUUGCUUCAGUGAGAAUUUUAUCUUUUUAAACACUAAAUAUUACAAAAUCGAACGAAAAACAUCGAUUUUUGCUAAGUGUAUUCGAUUUACAAAUGUUUACAAGUUAAUAUCGAUUAAUUCAUUUUAAUCGAUGUUUUUAAGCAAUUUAAUCUAUGAUGAAUCUUAAAUAGAUAAAUGUCAAAUAUGACCUAUUUUAUUAGCCCACUUAUAGUACCGAAUAUCGCUAUGAAUUCGUAAAUUUUACGUACCUGUAUUUACAAAAGGUGCUCAUUCCAAGAUGUAAGUACCAAUGGCUUAAAAACAUCUUAUUUUUCUAAGGCUAUUAUACGGGCAAUAAUAAUAUAAGUCCAGCAAUAAUAUAGAAACAAGCAUAUAGAGAAUAAUGAAGUUCAAUAUUUUAUAUUUAAUGCUUUUUGAAAUAUUUAAAUAAAUUGUUAAUAAAGUUUUCUUCUAUUAUAUAUGUAGUUAAUAUUGGCACAAUUAAUUACUUAAAUUAUAGCAAUAAGUCAAUUUAAAUAAAUUAUAAUAAUUUUGAUGAACACCAAAACUAUUUAUUGAUACGUCUGAGUAAAUGAAUUCAAAGUGUAAUUGUAGCGUAAAUGCAUUUGAGUUUUUCUUGUAUUAAGUAUGGUAUUCUAUAUCGUUUGAUGUCAAAUUUAAAACAUAUUUAGGUGCUUGGGGGCAUUUUAGAUUAGCCACAUUCACAAUUGUAUAAAAUACUCAAAAAGUUUAAUGAUUUUUUGAGUGUUUGUAACAAAUUUUAUCAUGGAACGAUAGUUUAAACUGUAGUUAACUGUGAAUAUAGUUUAAACUGUCGAUUGGAAAGUCUUAUAUUAGGCAGAAAUUUUCCAAAAGAUGGUAUGAGUGCAUACUAUAUAUAUUUUCAUUAUUAUUAUAAAAAAACAAAUGUAAGAGGUGAGUAUUUAGUAAACAAAGAUAUUUUAA